AUUUCCCUUUGUUUCUCUCUCUUCCUACCAAGAAAAACAAACAAAAACAAAAACAAAAACAAAAACAGGUAGACGAGCAAAUUUAGAGGCGCUGGGUGACCCUAGCUCUACUCCAGGAGGAUAAACGCAGAGAUCGAUCCACAGACCACGUCGUCGGCACACAGGUUUGGUGUUCGAUCUCUGAAAUCGAAACAAGAACAAAGAAAUGACUACUUGUUCAUAUCGAUCAUCAUGUCAUUAUCUCAUUUUCUUCUUCUUCCUAAUCCUCUUGGGCUUGGCUUCAACCUCCUCCGCCACCUUCAUUUCCUAUGGUAUAUUUGAGCCUCCUCGUGGAUCCUUUGGACGUUCCCUUCUUCAAACCAAAAAAAAUUGCCCUGUGAACUUUGAGAAUCAGAACUACACAAUCCUUACAAGCACGUGCAAGGGACCAAAUUACCCACCCAAAAUCUGUUGUGAAGCUUUCAAGAAAUUUGCCUGCCCUUUUGCAGAUCAGAUUAGUGACGAAAAAAGUGAUUGCGCUGCAACCAUGUUUAGCUACAUAAACAUCUAUGGGAAAUACCCUCCUGGCCUGUUUUCAUCUCAAUGUCGUGAAGAAAAUAAAAUUGGUCUUAAAUGUGCUGAUGCUGAGCCACCAAAACCCAGCACAGCUUCCACGGUGAUGGCCGCAUCAGCUACUCACUUAGCACUCACCACUGCCUUCCUAUUAUUAUCUUUACAUUUCUUUUGAGCUGCUGCUGCUGCUGCUCAUUGACGUACAAGAUCAAUUAACUACUUGUAACCCAAUCUGAUUCAAUCAUUUCCUGUUUUAUUCCACCAAUUUGUAUACUAAUUCAAUUACUUUACUCUUAACUAAUAGUAUAUCUUUGUCAUUCUCGCUA